AUGCUCCAUGAACUGCUUUUUGCACUUAAUGGAUUUCCGGGUGAUAUUUUUGUCUGCGAGGAAGUAAAGGAUUUUAAUGACGAACGAAUUGCAAGUCACUUCAUAAUGAGACCAAUUGCAGACGACUUGCCUUAUGUAAACCCAGCGGAAUUAUCCCUCAUGUCUCAAUUAUUGAACCUGGGUGCUGAUUUCCACUCGAUAAAUAGAUUUAUCCAAAAGCACUUAUCUCCUGGUUAUAGUUUAUACCUAACGGCUACUGCGAAUGGAAUCGACGAUGCUAUGACUGGUUACAGAUCAACACUUUGCGAAAUCGAGCAUGAGCUCCUCAUGGAUAAGGAAUUAGGUACUGCUCAUAUUUCCUACAGGCUUCACAAUUAUCGAACUAUUUUGCCCAUUGUUCGUCGUCUUACGCAACAACUUGAAAAAUGUUGCUCUGAGUCCAAGGGUUCUGGUGAUCAGCUGAAACCUAGUAUUCGUGUUCUUGAAUCUGUUAUAUCAAUUUAUCUGCCAGGACUUUCUUGUUUGUCAACCCUAAAAUGCAUACUAUCUUAUGGUCUUCGUGUUUUUUAUCGACAGCUCUCCUCUUGGGUUUUACAAGGCAUCUUAAGUGACCCGUUUGGAGAAUUUUUUAUUGAAAAGUUUAUUCCUUCUAAUCUUCUGGAGAAUAACGAAAAUGUGCUUACAGCCAAAGGAGAUAAAGAAGCUUUUGAUGAAUUCCCCGAGGUCGUCGAUCCUUUACCUGAGUUUCAGCUUGUGCCUGCUAAACUACCUUUAUUUAUCCCCCCCUUGAUGACAAGUCAAAUACUUUUCAUAGGCGAAACAAUUUUUUUUCGCUCCUGUGAUUAUUCCAGGAGCUCAAAACAGGCUCCAUUAGUUAAAGAAUUAGACGUUAGGUAUGCCGACCGGUUUCGCGCAUUGGAAUCUCCUCUGAUCUCGCGCCCUAAGUCCGUGCAAAAUGAGGGAGCGAACGAAGAACAUCCUUUGGAUGAUAAAUGCCUCUUUGAUAUUACUCCCGUGCAAAAUCUUAUUUCAGAGAUCCGAAUGUUUGUCUCUAAAAGCGUUUGGACCAGCUACAUUGAGGAAUAUCAGCUUAUUAAUAAGCUUCAGCUUGCCAAGGACGUUUUUCUCCUAGGUCGGGGUGAAUUAUUUUUAGCGUUCUUGGAUAAUUUACGCUCUCCUGCUCAUAUGAGUGGGGUUAGCAUUGGUUCAGGUGAUAUCACAAUAUUGGAUGUGCCUCCGCCCAAGGAUAUCGCAGAAGCUCGAGCACUCGCCUACGACAUCAACAGAGCAUUUCUCAUGGCUGCUAGAUCUAUCGAGUUAGAUGAUGAAGAACUAGGAAGGCAGUUUAGAUUCACAUUGAGCACAAGUCCGUAUAAUGACACGGUCAUUAAAAAUGAUUCACUUGAUUCCAAAUCUGCCCCCACGGCGUGGGACUGUCUUCGCCUUCAUUACCGCGUACCUUCGGGAAAAAAUGCAUCCCAUUUCGCCAACCGGGUUUUCUCAAUUGAUGCUAGGGCGGCAUACGCCCGUUUAUUCUCUUUUCUCAUCACGGUUAGGAGAACCCAAGCCGAACUGCACCGACAUUGGGCUGGGCAAACAUUCGUCUGGCGGCGGCAUCGAGAGCUGGAGGCAAAUUUAGUGGACAGAGGCUCCAGUAAAAAAGGAGUUUUAAUUCAAGUCGAUGAACCUAUCGACAUGAACCCCCUUGUUGCACGAGAGUCUAACAUGAGCCGAAGGAUGCUGAUUAGGAAUCACAUGAUUUUCUUACUUGACAGCAUCCAGUACCACCUCCAGGUGCGUCUCAUAUUUUUGGUGCACUACCUGGUAUUUCACUAUAACUACUACAAAUAG